GUCCGCAUCUGACAUUGUUAGCUCGAAUGGCUAGUUACCGACUGAAAAAUAUAUUUACAUUUUGAGAAGAAAAUACAAACAAACAAAAAACACGUCUGUUGAUUAUUUUCGAGACAAAGUUACAGCCUUCGUGAGGAUAUAUCACAUGUUUUAUGGGUUUCGGUUAACAGUAUUUACGGUCCGAAUUUAGCAAUACAAUAAUGUAAUUAUCCUUUCUUAGCAAACUGAGGGGAGCGUGAAUCACCGUGGAACUAAAGCAGCUAACAAUAGAGUCUUAAUCAGUGUUUCCAACCAGGGUUAUGGUGGCCCAACUGAGGAAAGUUACAGAGUGAAGGCAGAACUACUGACCAAGUUCCAGGCAGCAGAAAACAGAAGAUUCAGAUUAUCAGACUAAAACCUUGAAUGUGUAGACGAGGUUUGUGAAAAGGAGAAUCCCAGGUGGACCGAGGAUGACUGACAUGAUGAAGGUUGAAGCUGAUGAACCUGGAGGGUUCAGCUUGGAGUUUCCCUCACCUGGAACAACCACAUCAGAACUGGAGGAAAUACAAGAGAGCAAAUAUCUCAAUUUACCUGUCUAUGAGACAACAGUGAUCAAAGAAGAGGUUCCCGGUGAUUGGAGCUCCAAUUUGGACCAACAAAAUCCACAAUCCCCCUGCAUAAAGAAGGAAGAAGAACAACAGUGGAUCAGUAAGGAAGAAGAGCAGCUUACUGUGAAGACUGAAAAUGAAGAGAAGCCUCUGUUAUCAGAGCUUCAUCAGACUGAAACCGAAUGUUUUAGAGAGACAGAAGCUCCAACCAGUAGCUCAACUGAACAAAUGGAAACACAAUCUGAAGAGGACUGUGUAAGACCAGAAUCAGACAAGAAUCCAGAAUGUUCCUCUGGAGAAAAUAAAGUAACAGUUCACAAAAGAGGAAAACGAUUCAAACUGUGUUCCAAAUCUAUGGGUCAGAUUGAACUCCAUGAUGGAGAGAAGCCAUUUGGUUGCAGUAUAUGUGGCAAAAGAUUUAAAAGUAAGAAUCAUGUUAGAUUACACAUCAUGACUCACACUGGAAACAGAGAACAUAGCUGUGAUCUAUGUGGUAAAGGAUUUCUAGCGAAGGGUCAUCUUCACACUCACAUGAGACUCCACACUGGAGAAAGACCAUUUGCCUGUGAUGACUGUGGUAAACGGUUUCGAGCAAAGACAAAUCUUAAAACUCACAUGAAGGUCCAUUCUAGAGACAAGCCCUUUUCAUGUGAUGUUUGUGGAACAAAAUUUAAAAGGAAAGAAACACUUAAGAAACACAUUUGGAUCCACACCAAAGAGAAACCCUUUGUUUGUAAUGUUUGCACAAGAGGAUUUUCACGUCAAAAGAGUUUAAAAAGUCACAUGUAUCUUCACACAGGAGGAAAACCGUUUAUCUAGUAUUUGUAGUAAAGGAUUUGCAGUGCAGGAGAAUCUAAAGAGUCACAUGUGCGUUCACACUGGUGAGAAACCAUUUAUUUGUGGUGUUUGCAGUAAAGGAUUUCAUCGACAUGGAGA